ACACGUGUCUGAGUUGAGUUACUUCGAAGACACGCUGUUUAAUUUUAUAUUUGAAACCUGUUAUGUUUAUUGGGGCGAUCAUGGUUUAAAUGUUAAAUAAAAAGAUAUGAAAUGUAACCGCAUUUAAAAAAAAUAUCUAAUACAUACCAUAUAGAAGCACAUUUACACUUAUUGGAGGACCCUUCUAAACUACCAAGCAGUUUCAUCUACAAACAUGUCCAGUCUCGCUGCCAAAUAUGACUACUUGGAGAAGUUGACCCGCAAAAGCUACUAUUCUGAAGAUCAGAAGCCGAAGAAGAGAAGUUAUGUUCCUUUUCGUGGCAGGGAUGAGAGUAAAGGUGGUCCACAGAAGAAGAAGCAAAGGAACACCCAGGAGCAUAGAAAAGGACGUAAUAAGAACGCAAAUUACAGGAAGCCAUAUCCAAAGAAUAUUUAUAAACCAGCACAAAAGCAAAGCACUACAGCUGUACAGAAUGCUGACCAGGUCAAACUUCAGCAUGGGAAGCAAGAGAUGAAGCAGAAGACUGAAGGUACAGUAUCAGAGGAGUUUAAUGCAGUGGAUAUUUUAAGGAAGAGACUUCAUGAGAAGAUCGAGGCAUCUCGGGGACAGGGCACAGCAAAAGAUCCCUCCUCAGAGGAAGUUCAGAAACGGCGAGCAAAACGAAAACAGGAGAGGGAGCGCAAGAAGAGGAAAAGGAAAGAAUUCCUCUUGAAGAAGCUGGCGGACAGUGCUUCCAUAGAGGUCAAAGUAGAAAGCGAAACAGAACCGAUUCCCGUGCCUCAGGUUGAUCCUGCAACAAAACAAAACCAACCUGCCAAAAAAGAUACGAGCAUCAUUGUCUUCAAUAAGGUAGAAGUAGGGGAGGAAUAUGUGGACAAAGCUACCAAGUUAAAGGAGAAGAAGAAAAGGAAGAACAAAGGAACUCUUACUCCACUCACAGGCAGGAACUACAAACAGCUUUUGUCCCGAGUAGAGGCUAGGAAAGCCCGUCUUGAGGAGCUGAGAGAUAAGGAUGAAAAGAAAGCCAAGAAAGAGGAAGAAAAAAUGAGGUGGACCAACGUCCUUUACAAGGCUGAAGGCUUGAAGAUCAAAGACAAUGAAGACCUACUGCGUGCUUCUCUGAAGAGGAAGGAGAAAAUGAAGACACGGAGGAAGAAGAAAUGGGCAGAAAGAAGUCAGCAUGUGUUGGAGAAGAUGCAGCAAAGGCAAGAUAAAAGACGAAGAAACAUACAGAAAUCCAAGCAGAACAAGAUGGAGAAGCGCAAACAGAGAAUCAGGAAAAAGGGCAGGGUGCUGCCUGAGGAUCUAAAAAAUGCUGCUGUCUAGAGUGUGGAAAUGAAAUGAACUGAGAGAAUUAAGUGAAAUGUAACAAACAGAAAAACUCGACAAGUAAUGCCAUGAAUUCAUGUAAAUAUUAGAUUACUUCAGUGAACCUCUUUUAUUUGUAAUAGUGGUGUCAAUACCACACUGAAUAAGUUGAUCAAUUAGGGUAAUUACAGAAACAUGUAAAGUUUGGGAGACCAUGAUAGGAUUGACUAUGUGCUUUUCUUACUGUCUGUAUUGAUGUGCUUAUUGAAUUUUCUCUUUAGCAGAAAGGGUUGGCGUGUCAGCCUUCUCUGUAUCUUUGUAUUUCAAUAAAUACAUUGUGUUUA